UAUGAGUGGAAAAAUAUGUUUUUGCUACACUGGCUACAGAAAAGUAACAUGUUAUGUUUGGCUUUUAGCUGUUCUGGUAAUUGGCCAUAUAACAUUUUAUUGUCCGUCAUCUGACCAUCAGACGUGACUGUUAGAUGAUAAUCAUUUAUUGAACUUAUAGCAGUGCUUUUUCCUAUUUCUUCUUCAUAUUAUUCUUUUUAAAUCUCAUUCUAUGUAAACCAUAAAGUUGAUGAUAUCAGUUCAUCCUCAGAGUACGGUAAGGGCUCUUUGUGAAUACCAGUUUCUUCCAGAGCAGCCAACCAUGAGGACCGACACACAUAAAAGAGUUGCCCCAUCCUACCACUACAGUUCACUCGCUGAUGGUCCAAAUGCAAGGGGGCGGACAUUCAUGCAUGGGAAUGAACAUACACCCCCUGCAUAUGCUGUUUUGGGUCAUAUGCCUAAUUUGAAUCUUUUGCCUCAGCCAGCCAGGCAGGGGAACUUCUUGUCAACUGCUUCAGGAGAAAAUGAUAAUACUUCACGCAUGGAUUCCUUUACAAGUACUGCUGAUGAUGCUAAUGUUGGUGCUCACCCAAUAACUGCACUGGAAAGCCCAUUUAUGUCUUCUGACAGGAGGUCCAGUCUAGAUGAGGAUGUUUUGCGGAUAGAGAGGAAGCGAAAGAGUGAAGAGGCAAGAAUAGCACGUGAAGUUGAAGCUCAUGAAAAAAGGAUCCGAAAAGAGCUUGAAAAGCAAGAUAUGUUAAGGCAAAAGAGAGAAGAGCAAAGAAGGAGGGAGAUGGAGAGGCAUGACCGAGAAAGGAGGAAGGAAGAGGAGAGGCAGUUACGAGAAAAGCAGCGAGAGGAGGAGAGAUACCUGAGAGAGCGGAAGCGUGAAAUAGAGCGGAGGGAGAAGUUCUUGAUGAAGGAAUCUAUUAGAGCUGAGAAAAUGAGACAAAAAGAAGAGCUACGCAAGGAAAAGGAAUUAGCAAGGCUUAAAGCUGCUAAUGAGAGAGCUCUUGCUCGUAGACUUGCUAAAGAAUCAAUGGAACUUAUUGAGGAUGAACGUUUGGAGCUCAUGGAGCUAGCUGCAUCAAGUAAAGGGCUGCCUUCAACACUAUCUCUUGACUUUGAAACUUUGCAAAACCUUGAUUUGUUUAGAGAUAAGCUGUGUAAGUUCCCUCCCAAAACUGUUCAAUUGAAGAGGCCUUUCUCAGUUCAGCCAUGGGACAGUUCUGAGAACAUUGGGAAUCUUCUUAUGGUGAGCUUGAGCGGUUAUUUUCCUUUAGUUUCCAUUUGGUGGCUUUUCCUGAUAAGAUGUAACCAUCUGAUAAUUUCUGAUUUAUUGAUAUCAGGAAAUAGUUGUUUAUAUCAAUUCUGUUUGGGUUUAGCCCUGAACUCCAUUGCAGUAUUAUGUUACCCUGUGCUCCAUCUUGGAAUUACCACCAAAGAUGUAACUCUACAGGGUCAGGUCUGGAGGUUCUUGAUCACUUUUGCAGACAUUCUUGGGCUUUGGCCUUUUACUUUGGAUGAGUUUGUCCAAGCUUUUCAUGAUUAUGAUCCAAGGUUGCUGGGUGAGAUACAUGUUGCUCUUCUGAGAUCUAUCAUUAAAGAUAUUGAGGAUGUUGCACGGACACCUUCCAGUGGGCUAGGAGCAAAUCAAAAUAGUGCUGCUAAUCCUGGAGGUGGGCAUCCUCAGAUUGUUGAAGGCGCGUAUGCUUGGGGUUUUGAUAUUCGUAGUUGGCAGCACCACUUAAAUGUAUUGACGUGGCCUGAAAUUUUACGACAGUUUGCUCUUUCUGCUGGAUUUGGGCCACAACUAAAGAAAAGAAAUGUUGAACAGGCUUAUCUUCAUGAUGACAAUGAGGGUAAUGAUGGUGAAGAUAUUAUUUCUAAUUUGCGAAAUGGAGCAGCUGCUGAAAAUGCCGUUGCUAUAAUGCAAGAAAGAGGCUUUGCUAAUUCACGCAGAUCUAGGCAUCGCUUGACACCUGGAACUGUUAAAUUUGCAGCAUUUCAUGUUCUUUCUAUUGAGGGCAGCAGGGGCCUCACAAUAUUAGAAGUUGCAGAUAAGAUUCAGAAAUCUGGACUGAGGGAUCUUACGACUAGCAAGACACCGGAAGCUUCCAUAGCAGCUGCUUUGUCAAGAGAUACAAAACUUUUUGAGAGAACAGCUCCUUCGACUUACUGUGUGCGUUCUCCAUAUAGGAAGGAUCCAGCUGAUGCUGAGUCAAUACUUUCUAUAGCCAGGGAAAAAGUAAGGAUAUUUAAAAUUGGCUUUAUAGGAGAAGAUGCAGAGGAUGCUGAAAGAGAUGAAGAUUCUGAAAGUGAUAUAGUGGAGGAUCCUGAGGUUGAUGAUUUAGGUGCUGAGUUAAAGCCUAAAAAAGAGGCUCACCAUUUUCAAGGAAAUGGCCGUUCCAAUGCAAAAUCUGUCCUGGGGAAUGGAAAUGAGAGUGGUCAGAACACAGAAGCUCCACAAGAUGAAGCUGGAAAAAUAACUGAGGCCUUAUCAUCAACAUGUCCUGAAGAUUUCAAUGAGGUAAAGGAUAUUAGAACUUCAGUUAAUUCUAUUGAUGUGGCUGAUGAUGAUCAAGAAGAUAAAGACAUUGAUGAAAGUAACCCUGGUCAACCCUGGGUUCAAGGACUUGUUGAAGGGGAAUACUUUGAUCUGAGUGUGGAGGAACGCCUUAAUGCACUUGUUGCUUUGAUUGGUGUGGCAAUUGAAGGAAACUCUGUCAGAGUUGUUCUUGAGGAACGCCUAGAAGCUGUAAAUGCUUUAAAGAAGCAAAUGUGGGCAGAGGCACAACUUGAUAAACGUCGUAUCAAAGAUGAGUUUGUGCUCCGGACAAAUUUUUUGUCAUAUGUGAGUAACAAGACAGAGGCUAGCCUUGCAGGUUUGUCAGCUGAAUGCAAGCAAAGCCUGCAAAUCACUGCUUCUGAAAAAAAUACAGAGACAUCAACGGAACCUCCUCUGCAGCCAGCAAGAUUAAAUGAUCCACAGAAUGAUCAAAAUUAUCUUAACAAUAUGCCAACAGAAGGAAGCCUGCCAAUGCCAGAUAUCUGUACCAGACCUGACAAUCUCCAAGGUCUCCAAUCAGGAUAUGCUGCUGAAAGAUCACGUUCACUGUUAAAAUCUUAUAUUGGUCACAAAGCAGAGGAGAUGUAUGUAUAUAGAUCAUUGCCACUUGGUCAGGAUCGUAGAUGGAACCAGUAUUGGAGAUUUAUUACUUCUCCAUCCUCAAAUGAUCCUUGCUGUGGCAGGAUCUUUGUUGAGUUACAUGAUGGUCAUUGGAGGCUCAUUGAUACAGAAGAGGGUUUUGAUGCAUUGGUGGCAUCUUUAGAUGUCCGUGGGGUCAGAGAAUCGCAUUUGCACGCAAUGUUGCAGAAGAUUGAGGUGUCCUUUACGGAAGCUGUUAGGAGGAAUAAGCUGCACGGUAUUAUUGAGAGGCAAAGUCAGGAAACCAUUAGAACAGAAGCCAACCAAAUGGUUUUUGGCCCUAAUGUCUCUAUGGACUCUUCUAGUAGUGCUGUAUGUGCUUCUGAUUCUGAUAUCUCAGAGAUGUCAACUUCCUUUCAAAUUGAGCUGGGAAAAAAUGAAAAGGAGAAACAUGAUGCAUUGAAAAGAUAUCAAGAUUUUGAGAAGUGGAUGUGGAAAGAAUGUGUUAGUUCAUCACCAUUAUGUGCCUUGAAGUAUGGGAAGAAAAGGUGCAAGGAGCUGUUAGUUAUAUGUGAUUACUGCCAUGAUAUUUAUUUUUUCGAAGAUAAUCACUGUCAGUCUUGCCAUUGGGCAUAUGGUGCUUCAAAAAGCAAUUUAUAUUUUUCUGAGCAUGCAGCUCAGUGUUUAGCAAAGCUGCAAAUGGACCCUAUCUCCACUCUGGACAGUUCAAUCUCUUCACCUCUGAGGAUGAGAUUGAUUAAAGUGCAGUUGGCUAUGGUUGAGGUUUCUGUUCCAUCAGAAGCUCUUCAACCUUUUUGGACUGACAGCUCUCGAAAAGCUUGGGGCUUGAAAUUGCACUCCUCAACAUCAGCAGAAGACCUUCUCCAGAUGGUGACACUAUUGGAGGAUUCUAUCAAAAGGGACUGUUUAUCAUCAAACUUUGAGACAACAAUUGAAUUGUUGUCUUUCUUUAACUCAUCAGACAGCGUUCUUAAUGAUUCUUCCAAUCCUGGAGCAGUCACAGUACUUCCUUGGAUUCCACAAACAACAGCUGCUGUGGCUCUAAGACUUUUGGAACUUGAUGAAUCCAUAUCAUACACACUUAACCAGAGAGUAGAGUCUCAGGAGGACUUGGGAGUUGGAAAAUUUAUGCUUCCCUCAAAAUAUGAUGUUGCAAAGAGAACUCAAGCUGAUGAAAGGAUUCAAACUUCAUAUCAAGAUGAGUAUCUUCAAGAAGAAAAGGGGGUCAAUGUAGGUUCUUCUGGUUCUAGCCGUGGACGGAGCCGUAUGAGGGGUCGCAGCAGUACGACAUGUGGAAGAUCUCAGAGAAGUGUCAUUGGUCUAAGAUCUGAAUCUGGCAAGAGAAUUGCCUCAAAAAGUGGUGGAUUAGUUCAGGUGCCAGGGUGGAAAGGACGGUUGCGAGCUCGAGGAGGGCACAAGCGUGGUCGUCGCAGUAUCAGAAGUGGCCCAAAGCUGGGCAAGAAAGCAGUUGAGAUCGUCAACAAAAGAGAUUACCCCAAAGAAAUCUUGGGAAAAGAUGACUGGAAUGGAGAUGGUUUGAUGAGGUCACAAGCAGAGGUGGCUGACAGUCCUAGCAGUUCAGAAAAAUCUGAGUACAAUCAUGAGAAAGGCCAAGCACCAGGUGAUGACUAUGAUGAUCUGGUUGCAGAUGACUAUGCCAGUCAUGGUGUUUUCAGUGGUAAAGCUGAUUGCUUGGAGGCAAGUGGUUAUAACAUAGAUGGUGACGAAGCUGAUGAAUAUGUCAAUGAUGUUCCUGAAGAUGAUCUAGGGAACUUUAAUCUCCAUGAUGUUCCCCAAGACCAGCAAGAGAACUUCAAUGGAGAAUACAGAAAUGAGAAUUCAGAUGAAGAGGGAAUCCGGGAUGGAGAUGAUCCGGAAUCUGAUCCAUACGCGAAACCAUACGGAUAUUCAACUGAAGCUUCUUCAGAUUUCAGUGAGUAAAGGAAAAGUUGAGAAAGUUCUCCUUUCGGUUGAUGCAUCAAUCCCCCUGUACUUACACUGUGUUGUAGGGAGGAACUGGUUAACUGUGUAAAACACCUCCACUUCACUCUAUGUUGUAGAGAUGCAUAGAUCAUAAAAUGGCUGCUCAUUAGUUCAUAAUAUCCAACUAGACAUGCAGAAUUCAGGGAAGUCAACAAGUUUCAUGAGGUUCACAAAGUUCUCAUAAGCAUAUAGAUAGGUAUUUACAUGAAGACAGGAAGUACACUGUCACACUGUUAAUUUAAGGGCCCAAAUGAUUGUUGA